AACAUGUUCACAACUUUGAUCCCAAAAUCCCCAACAUGUCAAAAAGAAAGCCAAAAUUCACAUAAGACCUAUUUGUCUAAGGCACUCAAUGAAGCCAAGUGCAUAGCCAAGAUAGCAUUGCCUAUGGUGUUCACUGGCCUAUUACUCUAUUCUCGUUCAAUGAUCUCCAUGCUCUUCCUUGGUCACCUUGGCGAGCUUGCUCUUGCUGGUGGUUCUCUAGCCAUUGGGUUUGCUAACAUCACUGGUUACUCUGUUCUCUCUGGCCUUGCCAUGGGAAUGGAACCCAUCUGUGGUCAAUCUUUUGGAGCCAAAAAAUUCAAACGUCUUGGCCUCGUGAUGCAGAGGACGGUGCUUCUUCUUCUUCUAACUUCAGUUUUUAUAGCAUUCUUAUGGCUCAACAUGAAGAAAAUAUUGCUCCUAUGUGGUCAAGAAGAAGAUAUAGCCAAAGAAGCUCAAUUUUACAUUAUGUAUUCACUUCCUGAUCUCGUAGCACAAUCAUUUUUACACCCUUUGCGAAUCUACCUUCGAAGCCAAUCCAUAACCCUGCCUCUUACAUGUUGUGCCGCUCUCUCUAUUAUUCUCCAUGUUCCCAUCAAUUACCUCCUUGUCUCUGUGCUCAAGCUUGGCAUCAAAGGCAUCGCUUUAGGCGCUGUUUGGACGAACUUCAACCUCGUGGCUUCGUUGAUUAUCUACAUAGUGGUGUCAGGAACACACAAGAAAACAUGGCCAGGUAUUUCUUGGGGAUGCUUCAAAGGUUGGAAAGCACUCUUGAAUCUUGCAAUUCCAAGCUGCAUUUCGGUUUGCCUUGAAUGGUGGUGGUACGAAAUCAUGACGUUGCUGUGUGGAUUAUUGAUCAAUCCUCAUGCAAGUGUUGCAUCCAUGGGGGUUUUGAUUCAAACAACAGCAUUGAUAUACAUUUUUCCAUCUUCCCUUAGCUUUGGGGUGUCCACAAGGGUUGGAAACGAGUUGGGUGCAGAGAAUCCAAAGAGAGCAAAACUCGCAGCAAACGUAGGCCUUUGUUUAAGUUUCGUUUUGGGGCUAUCUGCGUCGGUGUUUGCAUUUUUGGUGAGGAAGGUUUGGGCUUCAAUGUUCACAAAGGACGCACAUAUCAUUGCUUUAACUUCAAUGGUGUUACCUAUCAUUGGACUUUGUGAGCUUGGAAACUGUCCUCAAACAACUGUUUGUGGUGUUCUGAGAGGAACAGCGAGGCCGAAAUUGGGUGCAAACAUAAACUUAGGUUGCUUCUAUCUUGUGGGAAUGCCUGUUGCUGUGUGGUUGAGUUUUUUUUCAGGUUUUGACUUCAAAGGCUUGUGGUUUGGUAUGUUAGCAGCUCAAGGCUCUUGCAUGAUGACAAUGAUAUUCGUAUUGGGAAUGACAAAGUGGGAAGAUCAAGCACGAAGAGCUAAGGAGCUCACAUCUUCUGAUCCUGUUGAAGAAGAAAGAGAAGAGGAGGAGGAAGAAGGAGAACAACUUGAGAAAAGCUCUUUGGGUUCAUGUGUCACAGAAGAAGGAGGCUUUGAUUUACUUGUUUGA